UCAGUUUUCGUUUUCCGUUAGUGCAGCAUUUAUCCUCGACGACGUUGGUUGGUUUCGCCUUCGCCCUCAGUCAUUGUCACUGUCGCUGUCGCAGUCGCAGUCGAAGUCGAAGUCGCAGUCGAAGUCGAAGUCGCAGUCGUUUCUCGCCUUGUCCUGCCAACUUACCUGAUAUAAGAAACUUAAACAAGCUGCGCAGAGCCGGAGUCAGGGCCACGGCACAUGUUGUUAGUCAAACCAGCGCCCCGAAACGGCUGCUUCCCAGACCGGGACAUUUACCCAUAAGUAAACCCCGCUCGCCUUCCAAAAAGAAAAUUUGAAACGAAACUAAACGACAUAAACGAACUUCAGCUACAGUUACAGUUACUCUCUGCGUGUAGCAUUCGCAGCAUGCCUUUAGCUUCAGUCCAGUUAUUGUUGCUGCAAUAAGCAAUCGCCAAAUCACAACACACACACAACAACAACAACAACAAAAACAAACAGAAAUACACAAAACGUGCUGCGUGCGCUGCGUCGCUAAAUGCAGUCGACGUCAACGUUGACGUCGCUGUCGUCACAGUCAUCGCGUACUAUGGGCCUAACCAAACAGCAACAACAACAACAACAGGAAGAAGAAGAACAUCAACAGCACUUGAUACAAAAAUAAACAAAACAAAAUCAAUCAAUUAAUCAAUCUGUGAACGCCCCAGGCGUACGCCCACGCCCACGCCCACGCGCACUUCAAACUGCAACAGCAACAACAAAGAAGAGAUAGCGAGAGAGAGAGAGAGAGAGGGAGAGAAAACAAAAACAGCAACAAAACAUGUUCCAGUCAAUUGCACUAGCGCUAGUUCUGGUCACCGCCCAAUCUGUGGCACAGCUACCGAAGGAUGCGAAUGCUAACGCUGCCAUCCAGCUGCAGGCAACCGAGACGCAGGCAGCGGCUGCGGCAGCAGCAGCGGCUGCAACGCCAUUCGGCAGCAAGCAGCUAACCAGAUGCCGCCAAAGCUGCUAUCAGCAGUUUGCGAGGGAUUGGCAUUAUUGCACGGAUUUCGUUGAUUGCAAAAAUUGCUGGCAAAACUGCCAAAGGCAAUUGGCGCCCUUUGAGCUGCGCGUACACCACGCCCAGCGUCAGGGUGCUCUGGUGCUGACCGACAUCGGUUGGGACGAGUUGAUUGCGAACGCAUCCCGUCAAUGCCUGAUCACCUGGGAGGUAUCCGGCGGCGGCCUCAUGGGCAACCUGCUAACAGACACUGCACGCGCCGAACUAUCACUCUGGCCGGAUACGGUCUACAACAUACAGGUGACCUGUAAGCAUAAGCUAACGGGCCUGAUGCGUCGCUCACUGAAGCUCAAUGUGGACACACAUCAGCUGCUGUCGGCGGCAGCGGCAGCCAAUUCUUGGACAAAUCCAAGCUUGUUGCCCCUUAUGCCCGUGACAGCACCAGUUACAACAAUUACAACAACAACAGCAGCCGCAGCCGCAGCAGCAACAACAACAACAAUACCAACAACAAUUUUACAGCGUUCUCGACCCACGGACCGUGUGUACAUAAUCAGUGCGCUGCCCACGGCCAGUCAGUUGAGCGGCGUUGUGUAUCCGGCAUUUGGUGCGUUGGCUUUCUUCCUGGCACUGUUGGUCAUGUUCCUGUUUCUGCGUCCACAGCGCAAGCGGGCGUCUGAUGGGGAUGCGGACACCGCCUCGCUGCUAAGCGGACGUCGCUCGCGGCUCUCCAUGGACAACUCCACGCUGCAUGUGUAGGCGGUUAAAAAGCAAAGAAAAUACAAAACUGAAAAGUAACUAAACAAAACAAAACAAAAAAAAAAAAAUAGGAAGAAAAGAGAACUUGUAGUCGUAUAUGUCUGACUAUGUGAUAUUCUGCACCCAAAUUGUACAUAGCAUAGACAACACACCCACACACACACACACACACACAAACACACACACACACGCACAACAUAUAUGUAACCUACAACAACUACAUCAUAUACAUCAACAUACAUAUACGUAUUAAAUCAUAUGUAGUUAUCGAAACAAGUAUCUUACAUCAAGUCCAAAAAGCAUAAGAAAGGAGAAAAGAUAAAAGAAGUUCGCUCAAUCGUAUGUUUAAGUUUUACCUUUUUAGUGUUUAGGCCAAAAA